CGUUAUUUAGUUGUAUAAUUCAUUUAUAAGAAAUAUUCUUUUUCUUUGUAUCUAGCCACGAUUUCCGGUUCCCGCCAUUUCGCGCCGGCGUCGUGGGUGUGUGGAUGCAACGUAGUGCUCCCGGUUUUAUUUUGUCUAAGCGACCUUUUCUGAAGUGUCAACCAAGGAUCAAACACUGGUCGUUGCGGGGAUCGGCUUCAGAGGGCCAAGGAUGGCGUCUUGAAUCGCUGUUCAGUCGACAGGCAACUGUAUGACAACGCCAUCCCUGUCAACCAGAGCGUCGACCGAAGUAGGGCGGCGUUGCGCGGACCUGGCCGCACCCGACCAACCGGCGGAGUACCUGACUCGGGCUGGGCGGAGACUACCUACAUCACGACCUUUUGAACUUUGAUCUCGUGGCGAGAAACAAUAUGACGUAAGGAAGUGUGUAUGUGGCUGGCGGGGCCGAGGGUGAAAUGCGCCACGUGUUUAUCCUGCCGGAUGACGACAGCGUCACCAACCUGUCAAAGACCGAGCUGGUGCAGCGCGUGAUGACUGCUAUCUCGUCCCUAGAACCGGAGUAGAAAAACGUGCGCAUAGCCCAGAUGAAGCGAACCAAAACACAGACAGGACUGAUAGCUUUUCGGUCGAGAAUGUUCUGAAGAUGCUGAUCAGUAGACCAAUUGGUGACCGUUUUCGGUGGUAAUAUGGGAUCUUGUGGUGUUCCAAAGCGACCUGCUUUGGGUGUGGACAUAAGUGGCUCAACCUGACAGGAUUGAUGUUUUAGGUAGCCGUGCUAAUCAUAAACCCUAUAUUGAGUGUAUCUGUACAAAUUUUGUUUAUAUUUAUUUCAUGUAUUUGAUUCGAAACCGAAAAUUGCUGUUUGUAAUUAGGCAACAUCGAGACGUUGAGGUCAUUCUCCAGACGUUUAUUUGUUUUUUUUCUCACCUGUCUACGGUAUGUCUUAUUGGUUAGGUCUCAGUUUCAAAUAUUAUUAACUGCAUGUUUUGCAAAUACGUAGCCAUAUUGAAUAAGAGACGUGUCCUAAAAGUGAGUAUUGCUUUGCAUGGGAUGUGAGCAUCAACGACAGGGCUUUGUGAUGGCAAAUAUGUGGCAAUUGCAGGGAUCGUUGUGAAAUGUGUUAUGAAUAUCCUCGUAUUAUUUGCGAAUGCAAAUACAUCCGUGUAUCAUAUUUUCAUUCAAAUUGUGCAAUUUGUGCAACGGGCUUGAGUAUAUUGUUCGGCGAAAUAUCUCCUACUGUACUCCACAGAAAUGGGACGGGAUACAGAUGCGUAGAAACACAUUCAUGAACACGUGAAAGACGAUAAGUUAACUUUUUUUUUACUCAAAAUCAAUGCUACAAAGCAGGGAGCCGUGAAAAUGUCAGACGGCUUCGGCUCCGGAGGAAAAAAUCGGCUCCAGCUCCGGCUCCGGCUCCGAGUAAAAUGGUCGGGCUUCGGUUCCGGCUCCGACUCAGUACAACCCCUAUACAAAGGUCAGCACGGCUCCCUUCACGCAUUCCCUCGAAGGCUUGCAGCUUUGAGCAGGGAGCCAGGGUGAGAGCUGAAAAUCCCUGGUCUACCGUGGGAAUAAGGUCUAGAAAAAAAUUACACGAUCCUGUGCUGAUAUCUUCAUGAAUUUAUUGAAUUUGCAUUAUUUGCACACAAGAAACAUCCCAUAAAUCAAUUUAAAGGGUGAAGUACGUCUGCAGAAAGUCAGUUCGCAGAAUCAAUAUAUUGAUAAACCAGCUGAUUUCAGAAUCAAAAUAAUGAUUAGCCAGCUGUUUGCGGAAUCAAAAUAUUGAUUCUUGCCGGGAUUAGCCGCCGUGAUGAAUCAAUAUCUUGAUUAUUUUCAAGACGCUUUCCUAAACUAACCAAAGAGGUUAGGGCUAUUGUUUCGUGCCUGGCGGGUAGCUUCAACGUUGCUCUUCAUUUUGUGAAGAAACUAUUUUGAAAUUAUAGCCGGUUGCUGAAUAAUUGACGUUUCUGUGAUGGUCUGCACGUAUGCCCAUAUAUGGUCAAAGCUCCGCCCACUAGAAUCAAUAUUUUGAUGCCUCCAUAUUUUGAUUCCCGCCGCCUAGUUUGCCCAACUGAUAUAUCAAGGAAUUUUACCAAACGCGCUACACCUCGUCAAACACAAGCAAAAAACAUUUUUGUGUAAUGGCGCAGAAACGCGCUAGAAAUGUAUACUUUUUCAAGAACAUUCGUAAAGUGCUUAAACUAACGAAGCUCUGUUUGAUAAUUGAAAUUGACUGAAAUACAAUUGAAUUACUAUGUUGUGGUGACGUCGACUGAAAUAAAGAAUACAUAUUUUUGAACUUUAAAAAGAAAAGUAAAUUUAAAGUUUUAAAAGAUCCUGCUCUGACAUCACAGAUUGUUGAUAUCUGCGCCAGAGCAGUGCACAACCAAAACAAAGCCACACACACUCCGAGCCCGUCCUCGUGGGGAAGGUGGUGCACUGCGGACUGCGGGUCUUUAGGGGUAUAGGAGAGAGUGGCGACGUUCUCUUUGAUUGCUGGGGACAUUUUCCUGGAAAUAUAGGCUCUCAUUCAUUUUUUUCUACGUUCUUAUAAAGUUUGAGGAGCACUCCGCUCUUGCAGCCCGUGUGCCAGGCUACAAAAAUUGUCAACAAUGAGCUCCACUCCCCCAAAAAGCCCGGAGGAGGCUUUGGGAGAGUCUUGGGUGGAUCUGACGUACCAGACGGCGUCGCCUCGGCGCGCUACCCCGCUGCCGCUGGGCAGCGAGGACUACCUGCGCCUGCUGCGGGAGGCGCAGCGUGAGAGCAACGCCACGUCCACGCGCGGCUCGCUGGCCUCCUCUCGGCGUGACUCGCCCAAAGACUGCGUCUCGCCCAAGUCGCCGCCCAACAGCCCGAACCCCGAGUUUGCCACUGACCUGGAGGAGCUGCGCGACUACUACCUCAACAAGGAGGAUGUUCUGGGGAUGGAGAAGAGCACCGACUGGGUCUGGGACUGGAGCAGUCGGCCCGACCUCACACCGCCAAAAGACUGGCGGUUCCGACACCCGACCGGGCUGACCAACCGGGCGCUGAGCAUCCGCAACGCCAAGGUGGGCAACACGGGCAUCUUCUCGCGCGGCGUGCUGUGCACCUUCAUCGUCACCAACAUCCUGUCGCUGCUGCUCGGCGCCGGCCUCGGCUACUGGCUGAGUAAGAAGACGGUGGUGCUGCAGCUGGUGCCGCUGGACUAGGCGCCGCGCCGGUCGGCCGCGCCGCCCCGACCCGGCGGCCGGCACAUGUGAUAUGGGACUGAGGGAGACACUGGCGGGCAGUGAGGACGGUGCGGCGGGCACGCGCCCCGGGCACUGCCGACUCGACACGCCGCGACGACACGAUUCGGGCCAUACCGGCUGUAACCGGUGUGCUGAGCGGCCGGCUCGGCCUCAUCCGACAAUAAUUAUUGGCAGCGCUGAGGGCACGGCCCAGCGGCGGUGGCGACCUCUGCCGUGGAGACUAUGGCGCUGUCUACGGCAGUGUCGUUAGCGACGUCUAUCGCCGGCCUCUGCACGGUGACCACCGCUGAGAGCUGGGCCCAGUCGACUGGCGAGGUCCGUGGCUCUCUCAGCUGGUGUCGUGAGGCCUGGGAUCGGCUGCCGCCAGAGGAACUCCUUGGCUAGCUGUCUGAUGGCCGAUGCUAGGUAUUCGCGAUCACCACAGUGCUAAAUCGGAAUGUCGCGACAGUUUCUCGGAUAGUGCAUAUUGUUAGUUUCUUCUUAUUAUGGUUUAGCUCCGAUGAAAUGUAUUGUAACUUUGAAACCCGGUGCAUGCAUGUAUAUUUUUGUAUUCUUUCUAUAUGUUUAUAUCCUUGACCCUAACCUGCUCUAUAAAUGUCCAGUUUUAGCCUAAUCUUUGUGGAAAGAUGUAAAUCUUCUUGAAGUCAUCUUACGCAAAAUUGUUGUACACGUAUGUGAAAAUACGUGUUCAGUCGUGCUAGCCAAAUUUUACCGAUGUCUGCUUCCGUGUCACCACGCUGUUGCUGCCCCGAUGGACUAUACCUAAUUGCCACCUGUGAUGUAUUUUUGUACCGUUAAAUCGCGGUCGGCGGCCUGGCCCGCGAGUGUGGCGCGGCGGUCCGCUCUUGUGUUUCUGUCUGUAACUGAACAGUCGGGCAGCGGUCCGGCGCGCGGCGCACUACGGCGCCAGCCUCUGCUGGACGGCAGCGCGUCUGCACGGCGCGGGCGCCGGAUCUUCAGUCCCGGGCCGGUCCUGGCGGGCCGCUGGAGCCCUCUGUGCGGCGCGCGGUGACUCGCCGCUCGGGACCGGGCGCCGCCAGCGCCGCGCGCGCGGCUACUGUCCCCAGUUAAAGGCCCGGCAUCGGUAAGAUCGCUUUAACUAGGUGUAGUGUGGCGUGACGCGUCCUCUGCGUACUUCUAGUUCCAGUUAGUUCAAUAAACUCUUUUAUGUU